AUGAACGAUCAAAAAUCUUAUCCUUUAUAUACAGUAUUCGAGAAUUUGCUGGCAAUUGGCACUCAGGAGUUUAUUGAUAGUCCGGCAAUUUGGCACGUGCCUGAUCCUUUACAUUUGUAUCAGUCCGCCUCUGGAGAGUACAGUCAAAAUUCGUUGGUCAGUGGUUUUUCGGAGACAAUUAGUUCCGUCAGUUUUUCCGAACUGAAUUCCAUUGCAAAUCAAGUGGCCGUGACCCUUUCCACGGAUAUUCGAAGUUCCAGUGCUGUGGGAGCAAGAGAAUUGGGAAACGGUCCUGAACAGGCAAAUGCAAUUGUAGCGCUAUUCAUGCCUCCGGGAAUCAAUCGAAUCAUUGCCCAGGUCCAUCGGUGUUCUUCUUCUACACUCACACAUUCCUUUGCUUUCUCCCGAUUCCAACUACCCUUACAUGGAAAGUUGGCCUGUAUGAAGCUCCAUUUGGCCUAUCUGCCACUAGAUCGACAACUAUCUAUCGGUCGCAUUCUUCAAAUCCUCGAACUGAUCACCCCGAUCAUGGUACUUGUUGCGAAGGACUAUCACGACCGGAUGUUUUCCGAGGCCACAAUUCUGCCCGAUUCCGUCGCAGGGUUGCGUAAACAAAGAGAGGCAUUUUUUGUGGGGAAAGUGGAAACACUCCGUCAAGCUUUUCGAACAAUUAACACUGUGGUAUGGGAAGACUUGUUGAGCCGAAGUAGAGAGUAUGUGCCAUUGGUCGGAAACGGAAAGGUGAACGGUCAACCGGUCAGCCCAACACCACUCGAAUUAGGCAUUCCGCAUUCCGUGUGUCUGUUCCCGGACGUGUCGAACCCGGUAGUUAUCGUUCUGUUCACUUCUGGCAGUUCUACCUCAGGUCAGAAAGUGGUCAGACUCCGCCAGAGUCAGCUGUACAAUCGACUACGUUGGCAAUGGAGCAGCGGCGUGGAGUGGGACUCGCAGAAACAGUGGAUCUAUCGAACGAGUCAGCCACAAUUGAAAAAAGAUGAAGUCAGUUUGGCAAGUACAGCGUGCGUUUUCGUUGACGCGUUCACCGAAUUGUUCAGUGCUCUGUUCCACGGGAUCCCGGUAGUCGUACCCGGAGGUUCGAUCUGUGCUAGUGAAGCCUGUGUUUCCGAUGUACGAAUCCUAGCCAAAUUGGUUGACGUGUUUGCUAUCACCAGAAUUACCACUGUUCCCGUUCAGUUGAGUAUAUGGAUUAAUCAACUUCGCCUCAUAUCUUCCACUGAUAGAGCUCGAGAUUUCCGUUCGUUGCGAACCGUGGUUGUGAGCGGAGAUAUCCUGCUACCUCAACUGGCACAUGAAUUCUUUCAGCUAUUCGCAGAACACCCUAUUCGUUUGCUGAACUUUUACGGUACGACUGAACUGGCCGGUGAUGCCACUGCCGCAGUUUUUCACGGCAAGCAAGACGUGUCUGAAGCCACAAGACACGUGGAUGCGAAAGACCAGGCUGACAGUUUGCUCGAGGGAGCUCCAUUCGUGACAGUUGGCAGGCCUAUAUCAAAUACAACAAUUUACAUUGUUCGGCGACGAAUCGAUGGCGAAGAGAAUCGUGAAAGUGGACAGCGACAUGACAGCGGCAGUCUAACGAUGGUAGUAUCUGAGAACACUGACCCAACGCGUACCCCUAAUUUGUCCAUUCUCGGUUCAGGCGAUGGGGAUCAGAUUGACUGGGAAGCCGAGGGAUACGGGAUUUGUGAAAAAGGUUGCGUCGGAGAAAUAGCAGUAACCGGUUUGGCUGUGUUUGAUAACUCCUUAAAACUGUUUGACUUGUCCAAUUCAAAUUCCAAAACUGAGGAAAGCAAUGCACAUCAUUCACGUGACUCGAAAGAGUCAUCACUGAUCAAUUUUCCAGGAGAUUUGGGAUUCAUCUGCCCCAAAGACGGUCUACUUUACGUUUGUGGGCGAUCAGACGAAUUAGUGAAAAUUAAUGCGGUUGGAUUUCUGGCCGGUGAUGUGGAUCGUUUAAUUGAUCGAAUGAAACAGUCCUGUGCACAGAAUCCACAUCAGAUGUCAACUGCUGAGCUCAAAUUACCUCGGAUUCGACAGACCGUGACCAUCCCGAUUCGUCACCCGGUGAAUAAGAACAAACAACUGGUCUGUUUCUACACCACCGGGGAAUCCGACUCAUUGCCAACAAAUCAAACUUUGAACUCAUACGGAAUACCGAGGGACCUAACCCAGCCGAUUGAUUUGAAUGUUGGAGCGGACAGUGAAGAUGGUCUAGUGGGGGUGUGUGGGCCGUCACCAAUCGAACUCUCCGGUAUUUUAUCCAACUAUCUACCGGUCUAUAUUAGACCCAUUUUUGUCCAUGUAAGUUGUGCUUAUUGA